CUGCCAGCCCGCCUGGUGCCUCCUGUCUAGCUGCUGCCAGGAGCCGAUUGCCUCCAGGGCUGGAAUCCUGUGCUUCCUCUGUGCCCAGAGCGCACGAUGUUGGCCAACGUCUCGGUGAAGCCCCUGUGCCCCAUCCUGGAGCAGAUGAGUCGCCUCCAAAGCCACAGCAACACCAGCAUCCGCUACAUCGACCAUGCGUCGGUGGUGCUGCAUGCGCUAGCCUCGCUGCUGGGCCUCGUGGAGAACGGACUCAUCCUCUUCAUGGUGGGCUGUCGCAUGCGCCAGACGGUGGUCACCACCUGGGUGCUGCACCUGGCGCUGUCCGACCUGCUGGCCAGCGCCUCCCUGCCUUUCUUCACCUACUUCCUGGCCGUGGGCCACACGUGGGAGCUGGGCACCACCUUCUGCAAGCUGCACUCCUCCAUAUUCUUCCUCAACAUGUUCGCCAGCGGCUUCCUGCUCAGCGCCAUCAGCCUGGACCGCUGCCUGCAGGUGGUGCGGCCCGUGUGGGCGCAGAACCACCGCACGGUGGCCGCGGCCCACAAGGUGUGCCUGGUGCUCUGGGCCCUGGCCGUGCUCAACACGGUGCCCUACUUCGUGUUCCGGGACACCAUACCGCGGCUGGACGGCCGCGUCAUGUGCUACUACAACGUGCUGCUCCUGAACCCCGGGCCUGACCGCAACGCCACGUGCAACUCGCGCCAGGCGGCCCUGGCUGUCAGCAAGUUCCUGCUGGCCUUCCUGGUGCCCCUGGCCAUCAUCGCCUCGAGCCACGCGACCGUGAGCUUGCAGCUGCGCCACCGCGGCUGCCGGCGGCCCGGCCGCUUCGUGCGCCUGGUGAUGGCCGUGGUGGCGGCCUUCGCGCUCUGCUGGGGGCCCUACCACGUCUUCAGCCUGCUGGAGGCGCGGGCGCACGGCGACCCGGCGCUGCGGCCGCUCGUGUGGCGCGGGCUGCCCUUUGUCACCAGCCUGGCCUUCAUCAACAGCGUGGUCAACCCGCUGCUCUACGUGCUCACCUGCCCCGACGUGCUGCACAAGCUGCGGCGCUCGCUGCGCAGCGUGCUGGAGAGCGUGCUGGUGGAUGACAGCGAGCUGGGCGGCCUGGGCAGCAGCCGCCGCCGCCGCGCCUCCUCCACCGCCAACUCCGCCUCCUCCUUGCCGCUCGGCGGCCGCCGUCUGUCCCCGCUCCGGCGGCCCGGGACCCUGCUGGGCUGGCUGCGGGGAGGCCGCGCCGCGUCUCCGCAGAGGGGCCGGGCCCGAUCCGAGGACCAGACGGCCCCCCUGAACCGGGCGCUGAGCACCACCUCCGGCUAGAAGCGCGGGCCCCAAAUCGCCAUUCUCUCAGGAUAGGCCAACGUCCGGCAGCCAUGGAGCGCCAACGCAGCAUACUAAGGGAGGCUUGAUUAAAAUGUAGAUAUCCCGGCUCCACCCUGCGAGAUCUUGGUCCAAGGUCAGGACCCGGGAUUCUGCAUUUUAAAGCAGCCCCGCGCGAUUCCGCGAAUCCUUUUCAGAAUCAGGGAGUCAGAGCAGUGCUUGUCAAACCUUUGUGCGUGAGUCCUGGAAUCCUAGGAAUCCUGUUAAAGUGCGGCCUGAUUCAGCAGGCUGGGACUGGGGGCGCUGAGACUCUGCGUUUCUAACAAGAUCCCAGGAGGCGAGGUCAGUGCUGCUGGCCCUGUGUCACACUUGGAGUGACACAGCGUUAAAAUCUUAAGAUUCUCAAACUGGUGUAGUGGGCGCCCCGAGGUACACAGGACGCAUCUCCCUGGAGCUCAA